AUGUCUCCGGUCCAAGUGCCCCCCGCCCCCACCGACCCCACAAAGUCGUCGAUGAACUGGGCCGACGACGUCGACGAGGAUGUCACGCCCGACGCCCCCAAGAUCGAGGAGAGGGAUGAGGGCAACGGUGUCAAGGUCAUCAUCGAGUACCGCACCACGCCGGAGGGAAAGAAGGUCAAGAUCACCCGACGGGUCAAGAGGACCCUGAUCAAGACCAAGGUCAACCACGACGUCGCAGAGCGAAAGGCGUGGACCAAGUUCGGCCAGGAGAAGGGCCGCUCCGCUGGUCCGCACUCGAGCACCACCACGGUUGGCGAAAACGUGCUCCUCAAGAUGGGCGCCGGCAACAAGAGGGAUGAGCCCGAGGUCGACGAGAUGGACAAGGUCCGACAGCAGCUCGCCAACAAGAAGAUUGUCUGCCGACUCUGCAAGGGCGAUCACUUCACCACAAAGUGUCCCUACAAGGACACGCUCGAGGCCAUCCCCGGCGCCGGCGAUGCCGAUACCCCCGAGGGCGGCGAGGGCACCCUCACGCCCGCCGCCAUGGACCCGACCAACCCGGCCGUCGCCGCGAGCGCGGGUGGAAAGUACGUUCCGCCCAGCAUGCGGGCUGGUGCCAAGGGCGCCGGCGAGAAGAUGGGCGGGCUCGGCGGCGUCUCGAGAGACGACCUGCCCACGCUGCGCGUCACCAACCUCAGCGAGGAUGCCGACGACGAUGACCUGCGCGACCUUUUCAGCCGGUACGGCCGCGUCGUCCGCGUCUACGUCGGCCGCGACCGCGAGACGGGCGCCUGCAAGGGCUACGCCUUUGUCAGCUUCGAGAUUCGCGAGGAUGCCGACCGGGCGAGGCAAAAGGUCGACGGCAAGGGCUACGACAACCUCAUCCUCAGCUGCCAGUGGUCGCUGCCGCGAGGAGAGCGCCCUUAG